AUGGCGAACAUUCAACUGGAAGAAAUCACCAUCGGCCAGAUCCACGCGGCCUAUAAAGAAGGUCGCGUUACUGCUGAAGCUCUGAUCGCCGCUUUUCUUGAUUGCAUUCAGAAAAUUGACAAGGCUGAAGACGGACCCAAACUCAACUCUACUUUGGCCGUCAAUGAUGCAGCGCUCGAGGAGGCGAAACGAUUGGAUGCCUCGUUUGCCAAGGAUGGGCGCUUCGUCGGGCCUCUGCACGGGAUCCCAGUCGUCGUCAAGGAUCAUCUAAAGAUGAAGGGACUACCCAACACCUAUGGUUCUAUUGUUGCCAAGGACUACAUUCCCGACGAGGAUGCUACAGCUGUAGCUAAGCUCAAAUCUGCCGGGGCUAUUAUCCUGGCCAAAACCACGAUGCCUGACUGGGGAACUGACUGGUUUUCCAACUCCUCCCUUUCUGGUACGACACGCAAUCCAUACGAUCUUGCAAGGGAUCCAGGCGGCUCCAGUGGAGGAACAGCAACAGCUCUGGCAGCAAAUCUGGCUGUUGUUGGGUUGGGAAGCGACACUGGCGGUUCCAGCCGUAUCCCAGCAGCCUUUUGCUCUCUCGUUGGUUUCAGGCCCACGGCUGGGCUCAUCAGCGGCUAUGGGGGCUUGCGUGCAGUCCACGGACAGUCAACUGUUGGGCCGAUGGCGAGGACUGUGACCGACCUGGCACUAUUGCUGGAUGCAGUUGCUGGCUACGAUGAAAAUGAUAGUGUCACGGCUAUUCAUGCGCGUGCACUCGAUAUGCCGCGCGGGGGGAGCUUUGCCUCUCAGUUUGAUGCUCGUUCUACACAGAGAAUCGGGGUUAUUCGCGCCAUGUUUGGCGAUGAUGACAUACCUGAGCAAAGACAGGUCAACGAGGUCAUUGAGGCCGCGCUGGACACUCUCUCCAAGUCUGGUGUCACACUGGUCGACAUUGAAGUGCCCAAUUUGGCAAGCUACAUCGCCGGGUCGAGUGUCUUGCUAACAAGAAGCCGGAUCGACUUGGAGGGAUUCAUCAAGGAAAACUUUGGUGUUGGCUUUAGCUCCUUACUUGCCAAUGGCCAACUUCCGAAGGAGAAUGUCCUGGUAGCUUAUGCCCUUCCCCGCGUGGCCGUGUCUCCAUACGAGUCUGGAGAGUAUGGAAAGCAGUUGGAUACACGGGUAGAGUUCGACGCCGUUCUGUCUGCUCUGAUGAUCAAGCACCAGGUUUCUGCGUUCGCUUUCCCAGAGGCGAAGAUACCCCCACCGGUGUCAGCCGAUAUAGAUGCCAAGAUGCGGUUGGCAGUCCCUGCUAACUUCGCCAUCGCCAGUAACUUGCGAUGGCCUGCUAUAUCUGUGCCCGCUGGAUUCACAUCCAACGGUCUACCUAUUGGACUAGAGCUCUUGUCUCUACCUCUCAAAGACCAGGAAUUGCUUAAUCUGGCGUAUCGUGUUGAGCAAGCCGUUCGGGGCCGCAAGCCACCAAGAAACAUCUAG